CCCAUGCUUUGCCUAGUGCUCUUUGCGCUGUGUCUGAGCCGCUCAGAUGUGGCUGCCUUCAGUUCAGUCGCUGAAAAUGAGGAUGCGCUCCUCAAGCACUUAUUUCAAGGCUAUCAGAAAUGGGUCCGCCCAGUGGAAAACUCCAAUGACACUAUCAAAGUCCUUUUUGGAUUAAAGAUAUCACAGCUUGUGGAUGUGGAUGAGAAGAAUCAGCUGAUGACAACCAACGUGUGGCUGAAGCAGGAAUGGAUCGACCACAAGCUCUCCUGGAAUCCAGAGGAAUACGGUGGGAUCACCGCCAUCCGUGUCCCCUCUGAGUCCCUGUGGCUGCCCGACAUUGUUUUGUUUGAAAAUGCUGACGGACGUUUUGAAGGAUCCCUGAUGACCAAAGUCAUAGUGAAGUACAAUGGAGUGGUGACCUGGACGCCACCAGCCAGUUAUAAGAGCUCCUGCACGAUGGACGUGACCUUCUUCCCCUUUGACAGGCAGAACUGCUCCAUGAAGUUUGGGUCGUGGACAUAUGAUGGCAGUAUGGUGGACUUGAUUUUAGUGGAUGAAAAUGUAGACAGGAAAGACUUCUUUGAUAAUGGGGAGUGGGAGAUCUUAAACGCCAAAGGUAUGAAAGGCAACAGGAAGGAUGGACUGUACUCUUACCCGUUUGUCACUUACUCCUUUGUGUUGAGACGCCUUCCGCUGUUUUACACUCUUUUUUUAAUAAUCCCUUGCCUGGGAUUGUCAUUUCUAACUGUCCUAGUGUUUUACCUGCCUUCAGAUGAAGGAGAAAAGCUGUCAUUGUCUACAUCAGUUCUAGUCUCCCUCACUGUUUUCCUUUUGGUGAUUGAGGAAAUAAUCCCUUCUUCUUCCAAAGUCAUCCCUCUGAUCGGUGAGUAUCUGCUGUUCAUCAUGAUUUUUGUGACCCUCUCUAUCAUUGUGACUGUGUUUGUUAUCAACGUCCAUCACCGCUCCUCAGCAACUUACCAUCCCAUGGCUCCCUGGGUUAAAAGACUCUUCCUCCAGAAGCUGCCUCGGCUGCUCUGCAUGAAGGGCCAUGUAGAUCGUUACUCCUUCUCAGACACUGAAGAAAAGGAAACCACCUUGAAAUCAAAGCUCCCAGGGAAGCAGAAACACAAGCAAGCAAAAGAUGGAGAGAAAAUUGUUAUCACCUUUCUUGAAAAGGCAGCCGACUCCAUUCGAUACAUUUCCAGGCACGUUAAAAAAGAGCAUUUCAUCAGACAGGUUGUCCAAGACUGGAAAUUUGUAGCUCAAGUCCUGGAUCGGAUCUUCCUGUGGUUAUUUCUGGUGGUGUCAGUGACAGGUUCAGUUCUCAUCUUUACUCCUGCGUUACAGAUGUGGCUGAACAGCACCUUGUAGAAAUUGCUGCCACAGUAGCAUAAAGCAAGUACAAUGCCAAGGGAUGGUGGUGCCGUUGAGCUUGGUCUCUGUUGUACAGGAUGGGAAGCAACAGCAAGAAUGAGGGAAGGUGAUGGUAACAGCAGGCAUUGACUAGUGCUUUCUAUCUUCAUAGAACUUGACCAGUUAUAGAUUUGGCUGAGAUCAGAGAAGGAUUUGUUGUGCAGCUGAGUGCUAAAGUUAACUGGGGUUGCACAAUUGGGCUGUAAGUAUUUUACUAGUAGCUUGGUUAUAUAACAAUAAAAGACAAGAUUAUUAGUUAAAAUUGGAAAUAGUACUUCUGGCAUAACGAUUAUUCUUAAAAGGCAGAUAUAUCAGUUAAAAUGCUACAUUGUAAAAGAAGUUACAGUAGGAACACAAUUCAGUACUCAGUUUAUCUACAUUUCCAAGCAAAACCCACAAAGU